AUGUACUCUCCAGCUUCUUCAUCGUCACCGCGAUCCUCGCUAGGGACGUGGUCGCCCACUACCCCGAGUUUCUCGAGCAAGUUCAGAAACCGCGUUCCCACGCAGAUGAGGAGAUGCAUACCAAUUUACUUGACCUGCGUUCUUGUCUUUCUCUUGAUCCUCAACGCCGAUCUGUUCACGGUAUCAAUUCCCAGAGGAGGUGGCCCAGUCUUCAAGCGCGGUGGGACGAUUGCAAAGCACAGCUCGACUGUCGCUGGGCCAGCAAUAGCAGUUGGCUUCCCAAAAAAGAUCUGGCAAACAUGGAAGGUGGAUCCGCUGCAAUUUGAGCAGCGCGACAGCAACACCGCGCGGACGUGGGUGCAAAGAAACCCGAACUUCAGAUACGAAGUCCUCACCGAUAGCAACGACGUUGGAUAUGUCGAGCAACAUUUCGGGCCCGGAGGCUUCAACCGACCAGACAUCGUCGACCUGUAUCGCAACAUCAAUGCCACAAUUAUCAAAGCCGACCUGUUGCGGUACAUGGUCAUGUAUGCUGAAGGUGGUGUGUACGCAGACAUCGACGUCGAGGCGCUGAAGCCGGUGUCGAGGUUCAUACCAGACCACAGGUACGCAGAGGAGGAUAUUGACAUGGUGAUCGGCAUCGAGAUCGACCAGCCGAUGUUCAAGGACCAUCCGAUCCUGGGAAAGAAGUCUCAGUCAUUCUGCCAAUGGACGUUCAUGGCGCGGCCGAGGCUCCCAGUCAUGAUGCGUCUCAUUGAGAACAUCAUGUCCUGGCUGGCUGACCUCGCGAGGCAACAGAACGUACCUAUUUCAGAGGUCGUCAUGGAUUUUGACCAAGUCAUCUCCGGCACGGGGCCAUCUGCCUUCACUGCCGCGAUCUUGGAGGAAAUGAACGUCAACCGCUCCAAGGACAGCCCUGAGAUCACUUGGGACGUGUUUCACGACCUGGAUGAGUCUAAAAUUGUAUCGAGGGUCCUUGUCCUAGACGUCGAGGCAUUCGCGGCUGGACAGGGGCACAGUGACAGUGGCAAUCACAACGCGCGGGGCGCCCUAGUGAAGCACCACUAUCACGCAAGCAACUGGCCAAGCCGUCACCCAAGAUUCAACCACCCAGUAUAUGGCCCCGUAGAGCAUUGCAACUGGGAGCCAAACUGCGUGGCAAAGUGGGAUGCCGACACAGCUGCCUUCGCACUCAUGACUGAGGAAGAGCAGAAGACCUUGGCCGAGGAGAAAGAGGCCGAGCAGCAGGCCGCGACAGCGCAGCAAGAGCAGUUCCUCGCGAGGAUCGCACAACAGCAAGAGGCGCUUCAGCAACCUCUGCAUCUCGGACAGCAGCAAGCAGUGCCAGCACCAGCACCAGCACCAAAGCCUGAACCACAGCCGGAAUGA